GCCGACCUGGGUUAUUUCCGGAAGCGAGGCCGGCUGCUUUCCCUCUGCUUCCGCAGGGCUCGGAGUGGGUCCCGGGACUAGUGACGAGACUUUAUGAUGCAUUAUAGCAGUGUCCUGAUUCUGAAAGUUUCUAUGUGUGUGGAUCCCAGAAUUUACUGAGAGAUGGAAGAGCCUCAGAAAAAUGACCUGAACACGACAGGACUGGAGGAAGAUAGUCCCGUCAAAAGCACCGGCCCUCAGAUUUCUGUUAGUGAAUUUUCCUGCCAUUGCUGUUAUGACACCCUGGUUAACCCCACCACCUUGAACUGUGGCCAUAGCUUCUGCCGACACUGCCUAGCUUUAUGGUGGAUGUCUUCAAAGAAGACAGAGUGUCCAGAAUGCAGAGAAAAAUGGGAAGGUUUCCCCAAAGUCAACAUUCUCCUCAGGGAUGCCAUUGAAAAGUUAUUUCCUGAUGCCAUUAGAAUGCGAAUUGAAGACAUUCAACAGAAUAAUGACAUAGUCCAAAGUCUUGCAGCCUUUCAAAAAUAUGGGAAUGAUCAAAGCCCCUCAACUCCCAGCACAGGGCGAGUGAAUCAGCAGAGAGGAGGGGGAUUCUUCUCCGGCGUACUCACAGCUUUAACUGGUGUAGCACUGGUCUCCUUUCAGGUCAUCCUGCUUGUGUAUCACUGGCGCAGCAGAGAUUCUGAGCAUGGCCUCCUGGUGCACAAGGCUGUGGCCAAAUGGACAGCAGAAGAAGUUGUCCUCUGGUUAGAACAGCUGGGCCCCUGGGCUUCUCUGUACAGAGAAAGGUUCUUAUCUGAAAGAGUAAAUGGAAGGUUGCUUUUAACUUUGACAGAGGAAGAAUUUUCCAGGGCACCAUACACCAUAGAAAACAGGAGCCACCGAAGAGUCAUCCUCAUGGAGUUAGAGCGGGUGAGAACUCUGGGUGUGAAGCCACCCCAGAAUCUCUGGGAGUACAAGGCUGUCAACCCAGGCAGGUCCCUGUUCUUAUUGUAUGCCCUCAAGAGCUCCCCAAGGCUUGGCUUGCUGUACCUGUACCUGUUUGACUACACAGACUCCUUCCUACCCUUCAUCCAUACCAUCUGCCCUCUGCAGGAAGACAGCUCUGGGGAGGACAUCCUCACCAAGCUUCUGGACCUGAGGGAGCCCACAUGGAGGCAGUGGAGAGAAUUUCUUGUCAAGUACUCCUUUCUCCCGUACCAGCUGAUUGCAGAGUUUGCCUGGGACUGGCUGGAGGUCCACUACUGGACAUCACGCUUCCUUAUCGUCAAUGCCAUGCUGCUCUCUGUUCUGGAGUUGUUCUCUUUUUGGAAGAUCUGGUCGAGAAGUGAGCUGAAGACAGUGCCCCAGAGGAUGUGGAGCCAUUUUUGGAAAGUGUCUACGCAGGGGCUAUUCGUGGCCAUGUUCUGGCCACUCAUUCCUCAGUUUGUCUGCAACUGUUUGUUUUACUGGGCUCUGUACUUCAACCCAAUUAUUAACAUUGAUCUGGUGGUCAAGGAGGUCCGACGUCUGGAAACCCAAGUGUUAUGAUCAGCAGCAAGGUCCAGGAGAGCCUGUGAGUCUCCCUGACAUCCAAGCUGUAACACUGAGAGAGGCAAGGAACUCAUUUCUACCCCUGGUAAAGCAAGGUGCUGCCUCUGUGUCAAGGCUUCAGCCAGGUCCCCUCCUCCUCUGUUUCUUGGACCUUGGCAUCUGACUGCUACCCAGGUCAGGUGGGACUCUUUGACUAAUACUCAGCCACUCUUCUUACGUGGACUUAGAAGGCUCAGGCUACUCUGGCCAAUUGGAUGGAAGGUCGUGAACACAAUUCAGAGUGACAUGUCAGAAGACCUCCAUAGGCUGGAGAUGGUGGUGCAUGCCUUUAAUCCCAGCACUUGGAAGACAAAGGCAGGAGGAUCUCUGAGUUCAAGGCCAGCCUAGUCUACAAAGAGAGUUCCAAGACAGCCAGACUACAGAGAAACCCUGUCUCAAAGCAAAUAAAAAUAAAAAAGAAGGCCAUCGUGGUCUACUAGCCUUAACCUCAUGGACUGACAGGCCCCCCGAAACCAGGCUUCUUGGUGCCAGUCCUGUCCUGUGGGUCAAGUUUAGGAAAACAAGGAUAUAGAGUUUGGUCAUAGGCAUGGAUAGUUACAUAUACAAAAGACAGAGGAAAACCCAGAAUUCAAUCACAGUUUCUUAUUGAGUAGUGAGUAGGUUUCAGAGUAAACCCAGAGAAAGCUUCAGGCCGAGAGAGAAUGAUAGCUAGCUGUCUUGUUUCCUGUUUUGACAUUGGAAAUUCAAUUCUCCUUUCUGUGAACAGGGAGCUGAGUUGGAUUCCCAUCAGGCUGAGCCUAGUCGGGUGACUGAGAGCACUGCGUGGGGUUUGUUUUGAAAAAUUUUAAUCUGCAGGAUAAAUCCAGUAUAGUCUAUUCAAGGAAACAUUUUUGUAAGCUGCUCUCACAUCGUAUAAUACAUACUCUUUAUUGUCUUGUUCUGAAGUACAGCAUCGGGUAUAAUUAUACCAAGUGCUGCCUUCGUAAAUAUGGAGUGAGCUGAAGGGUGACAUUUAUUUCUUGCCAGUGUGGACACAGCAGGUGUAGAGUGUGAGCUUGUCAGCUUUGGCCUUAUGGACACAAGCUUAAAUCCAAAGAGAGAGAGAGAGAGAAUGUGUGUGUGUGUGUGUGUGUGUGUGUGUGUGUGUGUGUGUGUGUGUGUGUGUGUGUAGAGAGAGAGAGAAAGAGCAAGAGAAAUAGACUUUGUAACUCAUUAACCCUUUAAGAUUUCACUUAAACUUUGCAUUUGAAAGUUUGGGAAAUUACUUGAAAUAAAAAUUAAAGAUUUUUAUACAAAUAAAACCUCUAUAGAGAAAUCUGAUUGCUGAGGAAAUACAAGGAAAAUCAUGCAU